AAAUGUGUUCCUGUCUGACUUCAGAAAGUUACUGCGGGAAGAGUUCCAUGUAUAGAUAUAGUUAUAGCUAUUUAAUAGCCAUUAAAAAAAGCAAAAACAUGUCCAGAAAAGCUCAUUUUAGGAGGGAAAAUAACAAGUGGUUUCCUUAGAAAUCACUUCAAAUUUUUUGGACCCAGCUGCAUAGGGUUUGUGCACAGGGUGUAAUGCAGCGUCCAUAUGCAGAACUCUCGUGACUGCUUUACAGUGAUGUUGGGUAUGGAUCUUUGUGAACCUCAGGAUUCCAAGCGGAUGGAAAGCGUCCUCCAGUAUUGUAUUGAACAUCCUCUGUUGACGGUUGGAGUGACGGCUGCCGCGUUGAGUGCUGCUAGCAUGGCCAUGAGUAACGGGCCAGAGCCGGUCAAGAGAGCGUUCUCCCUGGACAGACAAUCUGUGGAAUUGCCGGGGCCAGAGCAUAUCCACGUGUCACCUUUGAACGAUUACAGGAACGGGCAGUUGGUGAUUCAAGAUGGCUACCAGCCAAAGAUCAGUACCUGCUAUGAGGCUCUCGACUUUGGAUUAAAGGCAUCAGGGGACGGGCCGUGCCUUGGAUGGAGAGACAGUUCAGACGAACCUUUCCAGUGGCUGACCUACAGCCAGGUGAAAGAAAUGGCAUUCCAACUCGGCUCUGCCCUCAUAAAGAAGGGGUGUCCACCGGGCAAUGGCACAAACAUCGGUGUCUAUUCACAGAACAGGCCGGAGUGGAUUAUCAUGGACCAUGCCUGUAUGUCCUACUCCAUGGUUGCCGUGGCGUUGUACGACACACUUGGCAUCGAAGCCUGCAAGCACAUUAUCAACCUCACGGAAAUGCGGGCCAUAUUCAUUGACAAGGCCCCCAAGUUGGACAUCCUGCUGGACAUUCUCGGGGAGGGCUCAGCAGUCAAACUGGUGGUGAUCUUCGAGGGGCCUGUCCCGGAGGACAAGCAGGAGGCGUUGGAGGCACGUGGCAUCGAGCUGGUCCUGUACCGAGACAUGCUAGAGAUUGGCACCAACAACCGUCAAGAGCCUGUGGUCCCAAAGAAGGACGAUGUUGUUUCCAUUUGUUUUACCAGUGGCACGACAGGCAUUCCAAAAGGAGCACGUAUGACGCACGACAACUUCCUAAACGACAGCAAGGGACUGCAGGUGUACGUAGGGAAUGAUUACUGGAUGUCCAAAGACGACAUUCACCUGUCGUACCUACCCUUGGCCCAUCAAUACGAGCGUCUUGUGAUGUACAUCCUUUUACAACGCGGGGCCAGGAUUGGUUUCUUCCAAGGUGACAUAAAGAAGCUGCUGGACGACGUCCAGGCCCUGCGGCCGACUGUAUUCCCAUCGGUGCCACGUCUCCUGAACAGGAUAUACGACAGGGUGAUGACAUCAGUAAACAGCGCUGGUUGGAUCAAGAGGACUCUGUUUAACUUGGCAUUCAGCAAAAAGAAAGCCGAAGUAGAGAAGGGUAUUGUGCGGAAUGACUCCAUCUGGGACAAGAUUGUAUUCAGAAAAGUCCAGGGUCUGCUAGGAGGUCGGGUGAGGUGGAUCAUCACCGGCAGUGCCCCUCUCUCUACCGACGUCAUCACAUUCUUGAGGGUGGUCUUUGGUUGUCUGGUGUCAGAAGGUUACGGUCAGACGGAAUGCACGGCCUGUGCCACCCUGACGGCCCUUGCCGACAUGUCCACCGGCCAUGUGGGUGCACCCAUCCCCUCUUGCAUGAUCAAGCUGGUGGAUGUGCCCGAGAUGGACUAUUUUGCCGCUGACGAUAAGGGCGAGGUCUGCUUCAAAGGGCCAAUCGUAUUCAAAGGCUACCUGAAGAUGCCAGAGAGGACGAGCGAAGCCAUCGACGAGGAUGGCUGGCUCCAUUCAGGGGAUAUUGGUCAGUGGAACCUGAAUGGUACUUUGAAGAUUAUUGAUCGCAAGAAGCACAUCUUCAAGUUGUCCCAGGGAGAGUACGUCGCUCCGGAGAAACUGGAGAGCAUCUACACGCAGCUGCCCCUGGUUGCCCAGGCGUUUGUUUUUGGAGACAGCCUACAGAGCUUUCUUGUGGGAAUUAUUGUGCCGGAUGAGGAGGAACUCAAGCACUAUGCAGCCAGAAAUAAUCUGCGAGGAUCCUUCAAGGAACUAUGUGAACUGAAGGAGGUAACAGCGGCCAUCUUGAAUCAGAUAGCCAGUCAUGGCAAGGAGGCUGGUCUAAAGGGAUUUGAAUUGGUCAAAGCCAUUCAUCUCCACGCGGAGCUCUUCAGUACGGAGAACGACCUCCUCACGCCAACCUUCAAGAACAAGAGGAUGACGUUAGCCGAAAAGUUCAAGGAGGAGAUUGCCAAUCUGUACAGCACACCGUAGGCUAAGGCCGUAUGAUGACAAGUCGCCCUGGAACGUAAAAAUUCUAACAGUGCCCCUGCCGCUAAAUUGGCUACCAAGAUUAAGCUGUUGAUAUCAAGAAGAUAAAAUUACGGUCGGACAUGGAGGUUUUUUAACAAUUUACUGGAAAAAAAAAACGGGUUGACAUUUACCCUCUGACGACUCAAAUGACCUUGAUGAAUGGCAGACUGCAAAGCUGAUAGCAUCCAGCACUGUUUAUGUCUAAUUUCACUCCCCCAAAAUGUUGGACCCUCCUCCAGCAAGGGUUCAUAAAAAACUAACGCACAAAUCUGACAGUAUUGUUAUCAUGGCACCUGUUACAUAUUGUGAGCACCUGUAAUGUGUUUGUGUGACCUGUGGUGAUGUUUUGUUGAACUGUUGAUGCAAUCUGUUUGUUAAGAAGUGUUAGGAACAUUGGAUGAAAGGGAGAGUGAUUGAGAGUACAUGUGUAGUGCAUCCUUUUGUUUAAAGAAAAAUGAAAAAAAAAAAAUUCCUGCAUUUCUGCUCUUACUUUCUUAAAUAUGUAACAUUUUGCUUCUGCACACUUAUAUUUCAGAUUGUUUUGGGAGUUUCCGGGCACACUAAGGAAAACAAAGUUAGAUUUUAUAUUCAAAAGAUGCCAAUUAUUCCAUACAUGAAUAUUUAUGAGGACUGAAAGACUUUAAUCUAUUUACAGGAGAUAUAAGGAUUUUAUGAAUUGCACGAGUUGAAAUUGUAGCAAACCUUGCAGCUAGUGGAUCAAAUUAUUCUCAACACUCCAUGGAAGUUUUGAGUAAUUUUUGUUAAUAUCUUGGCAGUCAAUCAAGCAACUCUCACCAUCAAACUAAUCAAGUCGAUCCGUGAAUUAAACUCUAUUUGAAUCUGAAACAAAAUUGUUUGCUCACCGAUACGGAAAGUGUACUAAUUGAUUGAUGAUUGUUUUUGUUUGGAACGUUGUGCAUAAUUAGAUCAUGGUUCACAAGCUGCAUGGUUACAUCAUUUAUUUUUGUAUACACAGAUCAUAGUUUGUCCAUUACUAACUAUUAUUUCACAGCACAGAUUAUGAAAAUGUAGCUUUGUGUGUUUAAUUUGACAACUGAAUACCUAAAUUUGUGUGCCAUGUAAUGAUUAUGGAGUGUGUAAAAUACAUGCACCAUAAUCAGUUCGUGUUUGGCAGUGUGUACAAAGUCGUAUUGACUCACCUCUUGGAGUCGGGUGUCAGACAGUGCUUUAUUUUUCUUCAGCAAAUCUUUUGGCAGUGAAGUGCAUUUGAUUGAUUGAUUUGAUUGAUUCCCCCUUUGUCUUUGUCAUUGUGUGAUAGGAAUCUCAGGAAUUCUUUACAGACUUCUGGGGGGGGUGUUGCAUGUAGGUAAUAACAGUCUAGAGUGUGUAUAGUGAUCGGACAUGUGGGGGGGGGGUUACCCCUCGGCCCCAUAUCGUGCACGGUUUAGUGUGAUUUACUCAUUUGAUGCACUGGUGUUAAACAUGACAGGCUGUAAAAACAGCGGACUGGUAUUAAAGUUUCUGUAGUUGUGUUUGUUUUGUCUCCUAUGUUUAGCACCAUAAGUAUCACGCCGUGUCUCACUCCAUUUCACUUCAAAUAGAAGUGGAAUAGUUAAAAUACUUACUUAUGACGAGAGACAAUGUAGAAUGACUGUCUGUAUAAUAUUUUUUAUUUACAUAUUGCUUGAUUUCCUACCUACGUUGUCACAAGUGUCAAGCCUUACAUUUAAGAAAGGGAUAUAGGUGCUGUAUUUCUCAAUAGCUGGAUAUUUCUUGUGCAUAACUGCUGUCUGGGAUCCUGACUCUCUAAAUGAGUGCUGUGGCACUGAGCCUUGCAUUAAGUACUGUACACUCUGGAGCCUGUAUAGAAACCAUGAUUUCUUACACAGUUCAUUAAGAAAUGAAAUUAGGGUCCAAUAAAACUCGGUGAAUAUUUUGAA